CUACCUUACGCCAUCUUUCUCUCUCUACCAGCACCAUGGCCGAGCCCACGCAGCUCUGCGUCGAGGACACCUGCCGCCUCCGCACCAAAAAGUGGCUGAUCGGCGUCGUCGAUAGGACUUUCCACGAUGUCGAUUCCCACGAGCCCGACCCGCAGCGCGAAUACAACUUGAAGAUUGAGCGCCACAAGGAUGUGUCCGAGGCCGACUUUGAGCGCUUCUUGCGCUCCGGCAUUCCGCCCCAGGGCACCGUCCUCGUGUCCUGGCAGACCGACUUCACCACCGAGCUGCUGCCCACGGCCGAGCUCGAGAUACUCGAUCGCAGCUUCUUCGUCGGCGAUGUCGUCAAGCGCAGCGCCCGAAGCCACAUGAGUGGCACCGUCAUCGGCACCCGCCUCGAGUGCAGCGUCGCCCCGGUCCGCAUGUGGCCCUCGGUCGAGGACAUCCGCGCCAGCCAGGCCUACCACACCCAAGUCGGCGACGACACGGGACGCAUACUCGCCGACGUGCCCGCCGAGGAGAUUGAUACUGUGCGCCAGUACCCCGAGGGCUGCUUGGUCAUCUACGACAACUGGAUAGGGAGGGUCGACGACACAUACGACGAGGUCUCCGUCCGCCUGAGCAACGGCACUGUCGUCGUCGUCGAGAACGAGGACGAGCUGGUGCCUGUCGACCCCCGGCUGGAGCGCCACGAGAUUGGAGACUUUGUCAGGACAAAGAAGGGCAACCUGCGGCGAGGGCGGUGGCUGUUUGGCGCCUUCAGCCCCAACGUGGAGCCCAACGGCGUCGUGGUGGAUGUGCGCACCGUGUCGAUCAGCGUGGCAUGGCUGAGUCGGCGGCUGGGCGGACCAGCGGCCAUGCCGGGUGCUUUCCCGUCGGAGCCCCCUGCCGAGCUGGGUCUGGAUGAGCUCGACAGCGGCCGCGUCCACGUCUACGACAACAUGCGCAGACCGCCGCAGGGCGCGCCCGCGCAGGCAGCGUCAGUGUCGCGCACGUCGCGCGACCUCACUGCUGGCCAGAGGGUGAGGUUCAAUGAUCUCGCGGGGGCGUGCGUCAAGUACAACUACACGAAAAAGCAGAGGACCGAGACGCUGGGUUUUGAUACGAACGUUUUCACGGUUCAGGACACGCGCACGACGGCCGUCGUACAGUGGCAGGAUUUGUCCAUCACUGAAGAUGCCGCCACGAAUCUCCUUCCGGACCCGAACGUCGACGACGAGGACGAGGUCUGGCCCGGAGAAAUCAUCAUCACAAACGAGAAGAAACCCCGCGCAUCUGCGCCCGACGGCGAGGCAGAACCGACUGCAUGGUAUACCGAGCCGGCGAAGGUGGGCGUGGUACAAACGGUGGACGGCCUCAAUCGCAUGGCCACCGUGAGAUGGUUCCCGGACGCGUCAGUCAAGUUCAUGGAAAACGACUUGCUUCCUGGCUCUGAGACGGGCGUCGCCUCAGGGCCCGAGGAGAAGGUCAGUCUGUACGACAUCCGCACGACGACAUCCCUGAACAGGAGACGCGGAGACUACGUCGUUGUUCUGGACAAUGCGCUUCCCGGCCAGGGAAGCUCGGACGAUGCCGACAACCCGGUGGAUUGGUUCGGAGAGAUUGUCGAUCUCGGCCUUGACGGACUGCUCACUGUGAGGUUGGGCGCGGCGGAGCCUGUGCGGGAUAUCAAAGUGCCCGUUGAGCGCGUCAUCCUGGCGUACAGCACGGACAUUGAUGAGCAUAUGGACCACGACCACGAAAUGGAUGAUGUCUCGGACGGUGAGUUUAUGGAUGACGAGGAUAUGGAGGAGCUUGGUGACGAUGGGCCGUUCGUCGAGAUGUGGUACGAGUACCCCGGUCAGGACGGCGAGCGCGUGCUAGCAGAGGGCAACGACGAGGACGAAGCAUGGGCUACAGACGACGAGGAUGAAGAGGAUGCAUCAUCCGCCGAGGGCGAUGUCACAAUGGCCGAUGCCGCACCGGGUGGAAUCGAUACGUCCAAGACGACACCAGAGGCCCAGCCCGAGGAGCAACAGGCAAAGGCCCCCGCUGUCGAGCACCCCGACGCGGAAGCUGCGCGCGCAAACAACAAGGCCGAACCGCAGUCUUUCUCCGAGUACCCCGACGCCCCCGAACAAUUCGCGAUUCUGGAGUCUACGCCGCCGCAAGACCACCGGUACAUCAACAGCCACAGCGACACGUCGCAAGCGCGCAUGCGGCGGAUACAGAAGGAGCACAAGAUCCUGCGCACAUCUCUGCCGCCGGGCAUCUUUGUGCGGACGUGGGAGUCGCGGCUGGACCUGCUGCGCGUGCUCAUCAUCGGCCCCGUCGACACGCCCUACGAGUACGCGCCCUUCAUCGUCGACUUCCACCUAGGCUCCAACUUCCCCAACACGGCGCCCGACGCCUUCUUCCACAGCUGGACGAACGGCUUCGGCCCCGUCAACCCAAAUCUCUACGAGGACGGCAAGAUCUGCCUCAGCCUGCUGGGCACGUGGCAUGCCGACGAGAGCAACGAGAACUGGAGCCCGGGCAAGAGCACGAUCCUGCAGGUGCUGGUGUCGUUGCUGGGGCUGGUGCUGGUCAAGGAGCCGUACUACAACGAAGCAGGCUACGAAGUGCGGCACGGGACCGAGGAGUCGGCGCUGCCGUCGGCGCUCUACUCGGAGAAGGCGUACUUCCGGGCGCGCGGCUUCAUCAUGCACGGCCUGUCGCAGGUGCCGGCGCCGUUCGAGGCCGAGAUGGACUGGCUGUACCACGGGGCGAGCGGGCCGCGGCUGCUGCACAAGGCCAUCGAUGCCGCUAAGGACAUUAUCGAGCGCAGCAAGGACGGCGGGGGCAGCGAGGCCGAGAAGGACGGCAUUCGUCGCAUUAGUGCUGGCGCGGUCAUUCCGUUGAAGAGGCAGCUGGACGCGUUGGAGGGCCUGAAGCGCGGUGGUGGUGGUGAUGGGGGGGAGGGGGCUUGAGGGCGUGGCGUUGUUGUGUUGGCCACGGGCGUUUUUUGUGAGGGGAUUGGGAUGGUUAGGUAUGGACAGGUAUAGGUAGUAGAUUUAUGCGUGCGGUGUGCGGUGUGUGUACUGUACGUCGUACAUACUGGCUGGAUUAGGUAGGAAGGUUAGUAGGUAGCAGACAGACAAAGAGCCACGCAAGCAAGCAAGCAAACAAAGGAAGGAAAAAGGCAAAGCAAGCACGCAUGCAUGCGCU